UCAUUACUGGGGGUACACCCAUCCAGCUGGCUCCUUGGCAACCACAGCAUAUUCGUGACUGCUGUGACUACUGUGUCCUCGGGCAACUACCUCCCAAGACCAGGCAAAGCGCCUCCAGUUUCUACACGUGGUGUCCCCGUGAAAGACAGUGACUGGCUUAGGCUCCAUGUUUCUCGUGCCCCACAUUGCCACCAAGAUGUCAGCUGGAGCCUUGGAAAACGGGGAUGGAGUUGUGGCUGACGCCCUCCUGGAGGAAAUUCAGUGUGACGAAGAAGAUGAACCGUUCCAGUCAUCUGUUGAGGCUGAGGCUUCUGGUGCCUGUAUUCCUGGGGGGCCACCUCAAGGGUCAGAUGGACCUGGCUCUGACCCCAAGAACAGAGGCAAGAAUUGGUUCCCCACUUCAGUUCUGGAGUUCAAGUCAAGAUGAGGUCAUACUGGAGUAAAGUGAGCCUUUCAUACAAUAUGACUGGUGUCUACAUGAGAAGAGGAGAAGAGACACAGGGACACACGGGGAAGAAGGCCAUGUGAAGAUAGAGACAGAGAUGGGAAUGGCUCUGCUGCAAGCCAAGGAUCGUGGCAAUCACCAGAAGCUAGGGAGAGGCGGGCGUGGAUCCUCUAGUAGAAUCUUCAGGGACAGCAUGGCCUUGCUGACAUCCUGAUGAUGGACCACCGGCCUCCACAACCAUGAGGGUGAAUUCUUACUAUUUUAAGCCACUCAGCGUUUGCCAUUUGUUAUAGCAGUACCAGAAAAUUAAGAGACUGGGAAUUCCAGAACGACUGAAACAUCUCCAAGGCUUAUAUUAGAGUCAGAAAUCUGGAAAGGGUGGUCCUAAGAGACACUCUGGGGGUGCUGGGUGCUGACAGGGAGGGGUACAGUAAUGAGGUCUAGGGCAGUAGUGCCUAAUGGAGACUUCUGAGCUGAUGGACACAUGCCGUCCAGUGCUGCAGCCACUAGUCACAUGGCGACUGAGCAUUUGAGCCACAGCUAGUAUGACAGGAGCUGAAGUCUGUAUUGUUGUUGUUUUCGUGUGCAUGUGCUUUGGUAUGUUUAUUUUUUUUAGUUGCCAGAGGACAUGUGUAC